AUGCCAUACUCAGAGAUAAUGAAGAGUUUAUUCCAAAUAAAGGUGCUGCUGCAUCCACACUCUUUCGACCAUGGAAUCAAUCAGGACUCCCUUUGUUUCAAGCAAGCUCCUGCAGCAGCUCACGCAGUUGCAGCUGAUGUCAAAAGUGCUGGUGUGAUGGGAGCUGCGUCAGGACUAGCUAAAACAAUCUAUGCUAAGUAUGAGCCCACUGCCAAGAAACUUCACACCAAGUACGAGCCAAUGGCCGAGCAAUAUGCUGCAUCAGAGAAGGGAUACAAGGUAGCUUUAUAUCUUCCAUUGGUACCUACUGAGAAGAUUGCUGCUAAGGUAUUCACUAUUCAGGUUGUGGCAAACUGAUUUACUUUAUGAUUCGUAAGUAGUACUCAAUUUUCCUCGUCUCAGCUUCUGUCUUUGCUUGUUGAUCAUUUUCCUAUGCU